AUUGGAGAUAUUACACUAUCUUGUAAUGUAAAUCUCGUGCUCGAUCAUCUGAAUGUUGAUGAUUGAGGUUUUUCUUUAAAUUGCCAACAAUCCUGCAAAGAAUUUCUCUAGAGAAUUGAAAAAAAUGUAUUCAUGUUGUAGCAGAAAAAUGUCCAUGAUUGUCUUGAUCAUCAUUUACCUUUCAUCAACCUUCGUUACAGCAGAGAAAUAUCUAUUCAAAUGUACCAACAACGGAAACUAUACACUAAACACGCCUGUAAUAAACCUCAACACCACCAUAACGAAUUACACACUACACGCAGCCAAUCUCCAUGCCUUGAUCCUUUCCCUUUACUCGAACAUGAGUGACUACGGCUUCCACAGCGCGUCCAUCGGGCAUGCCCCAAACACCGUCAACGGCUUCGCCCUCUGCAGAGCUGACGUGACCCUCCACACGUGUCGCGCCUGUGUGAAGUUGGCCUCGGUGCAGGUGCUUAGUGAGUGCCCCAAUGCAAGACCGGCUGCUAUAUGGUACAAACACUGCGCCAUGCGCUACACUAACGAUCCCCUAUACGACAUGAAGACGGCAGAACCCAAUUUUCUGGCAGCUAAAGGCAGCUCCAAGAUCAAGGUCGGUGUAGGGAGUAGGGCUUUCUCGGAUAAUUCGAAGAUUUAUGGUUUGGUGCAGUGUUCUCCGGAUUUAUCGUUGCUAGAUUGUCAGGCAUGCCUUAGAGAGGCAUCCAAAUCUUUCCAAAGUGUUGCUGCGGAAGGCUUCAGAGUGCUAAACCCCAAUUGCAACGUUCAAUAUGAACUUUCUGUGUUCUACAAUGGCACUCGUCUGGCGGAAUUAGGGGUGCCUGUUAUUGGUUCACUACCUUCCUCGCCGGCUCGUCAGCCAGAAAAAGAUACAAUACCAGGUAACACUUCAAAACCGGAUGUAAGAAUCAAUGGUAAAAAUACAAUACCAGAAAAGAAAGAUGAUAACACUACAAGACAAGUUUACAUCAGCAUUGCUGCUUCAGUUGCAAUGGCUCUAAUAUUUACUGCGGGUAUCUUUAUCUUGGUUCGAGCAAGUAGGACAUCAUACGAAGCCACUGAGACUGCUGACUAUCUCAGUGUUGGUGAAUUUCAGCAAUAUGACUUUGUCAGCAUUAGUGCUGCUACUAAUGGUUUUGAUGAAGCUAACAUGCUGGGGAGAGGUGGAUUUGGGAAUGUUUAUAAGGGAAACCUUAUAACCGGAGAAGAAGUAGCAGUUAAAAGGCUGGCCAAAUAUUCAACGCAAGGCGAACCGCAAUUCAAGAAUGAGGUUUUCUUGGUUGCAAAACUUAAACAUAUGAAUUUGGUGAAACUCUUAGGUUUCUCUAUGGAAGGAGCUGAGAGGUUACUAAUAUAUGAAUUUGUUCAGAAUGCAAGCCUUGACAAGUUCAUAUUUGAUCCAGUUAAGCGGUCGCAGUUGGAUUGGGAUAGCCGCUACAAGAUCAUAAGGGGCAUUGCGAAGGGAAUGUCAUAUUUGCACGAAGAGUCUGGACUCAAGAUCAUUCAUCGCGAUCUCAAAGCAAGUAAUGUAAUGCUAGAUGAUAAAUUGAAUCCAAAAAUUUCUGAUUUUGGACUGGCAAGAUUAAUUAAACAAGAUGAUAAUGGCGGAAGUACACUCAACGUUGUUGGAACUUAUGGAUAUAUGGCACCUGAAUACGCAAUGCAAGGAAAAUACUCCUUCAAGUCUGAUGUGUUUAGUUUCGGGGUGUUGGUUCUGGAAAUCGUGAGUGGUCAAAGAAAUAGUUGCGUCCAAAAAGAGAAGAAGAAUGUGGAGGAGCUGUUGACUCUUGUAAGCAAGACAUGGAAGAACUGGCAAGAAGGAAGAGCAUUAAAUAUGAUAGAUCCCAUGCUGACAAGUAGUUCUUGUUCAGUGCGUGAUAUGGUGAGAUGCAUUCACAUCGGAUUGCUAUGUGUACAAGAAGAUCCUGCAAACAGGCCGACAAUUGCUUCGGUUGCUCUAAUGCUCAGUAGCUCAACAAUCUCUCUGCCUCUACCUGAUGAACCUGCAUUUCAUAUGGAUUUGACGAAGCAGAAUUUAAAUGAGGCGAACUCUAGUGUAGGAUCGUUAUCUGUAAAUGAUAUUUCAGCAACCGAGAUAUAUCCUCGUUGAUCACGGGCACAUAGGUGGCCAUGGCUGGUUCCUUAAUCAUGGGCACAUUGGUAGUCACGGCUAGUUUCUUCGAAUGCCACUCAGAGCACUAGUGUUAUGAUUAAAAGAUAGUAAAACUUACUCCAAAAUAUUAGUCUACCAUGAGAAAGACCACAUUUAGCCUAUAAACCCAAAAUCUAUUGUACUGUACUAAUGUGGGACAUGUUUAUUUGUACUGGAGUCUUUGGCAUAAAACUACCGUAAAUGGUUAGCGAAAAUGGUAGAUUCUUUUAGAACAUCCACAAUGGCGGCUAGCGCACCGGCUAGCCGAACCAUUGGGACCGGCCAGCGGCAAAUCGGCGUAGUGCAACCGCACGCCGAUUUCCAGGCGCUCGCCGAUGCGCUGGCCGCCAUUGUGGCGUGCAGAUCGGCGAGCGAUCGGCCAGCGCCGUUUUUUAUUUUUUAUUUUUUGAAUUUUGUUGAAAUACUAUAUAUACGCGAUUUUAGUUUCA